AUGAAGCUGUCUGACAUUGUUUUACAGAGCUUCCGAGUAGCCAAGGUGUUCCGAGAGAACACAGACAAAAUCAACAGUUUUGACUUCAGUCCCAGUGGUGAGACAAUUGUCUCAAGCAGCAGUGAUGAAACCAUCGUCAUUUAUGACUGUCAGGAAGGCAAACCAAAGAGAACAGUGUACAGUAAGAAAUAUGGUGUAGACAUAAUCAGAUACACACGGUCAUCAAGCACUGCAAUAUAUAGCUGUAACAAAAUAGAUGAUACAAUCAGAUACCUAUCUUUGCAUGAAAACAAAUACAUUAGGUACUUCCCUGGGCACAGAAAGACUGUGGUAGCUUUGUCCAUGUCACCAAGAGAUGAAACCUUUAUCUCUGGGUCUAUGGACAAAACCAUUAGACUUUGGGAUCUCCGCUCUCCUAACUGUCAGGGCUUAAUGCGUCUCCAGGGAAAGCCAGUUUGUUCUUUUGACCCAGAAGGGUUGAUUUUUGCAGCUGGGAUCAAUUCUGAAAUGGUUAAACUUUAUGAUCUCCGCACUUUUGAUAAGGGGCCAUUUGCCACUUUCAGAAUGCAUCAUGAAAAGAACUGUGAGUGGACAGGCUUAAAGUUCAGCAGGGAUGGCAAACUCAUCCUAUUAUCUACCAAUGGCAACUCGAUCCACAUGAUUGAUGCCUUUAGUGGCUUUCUGAUACAUACAUUUUCAGGGUAUAGCAAUAGCCAGGGUCUCACAUUUGAGGCUUCCUUUACCCCAGAUUCUCAGUUUGUAAUGAUUGGCUCUGAUGAUGGUAAGAUCCAUAUCUGGAAUGGAGUAACUGGAGGCAAGGUGGCUGUGUUGGAAGGAAAACAUACAGGUCCUAUAACCUGCUUACAAUUCAAUCCUAAAUUCAUGACUUUUGCCAGUGCAUGCUCUAUCAUGGCAUUGUGGCUGCCUACUAUUGAUGACUAA